AUGUCUCCCAAAGCACCGUGCUCCCCAAACGACCUGCGCCCAUCCAGAGCCGCAGUGACCCUCUGCGGGUUUCCUCCAGCUGUCCGCAGCCGCGUGAACGAGGCCGGUGACACCAGUGAACACGAGCCACGAAAACCGCUGAUCGUGACCGGAGGCGAAGCCUCCCUAAAGACAAACCCGAGACCCCAAAGCAGACGCGAGCAGUCCGGACAGCGGGGCAGGCGCAGAACGAAGGCCAACGACCGGGAGCGCUCGCGGAUGCACAACCUGAACUCCGCUCUGGACGCGCUGAGGACAAUCCUGCCGACUCUGCCCGAGGACGCGAAGAUGACCAAGAUCGAAACUCUGCGCUUCGCCCACAACUACAUCUGGGCUCUGAGCGAGACUCUGCGCAUGGCCGACCAGCAUGGGCGCGUGCCAGAGUACCUGCCGCCGGUGGGGUCCGACCCGAGCAGCCCAACCAGCGUGUCCUCUGCGGAGUGGGACUCAGCGUCACCUGCACAGUCCGGUUGUGCGACCUCAGCGGUCUGCGAGCAGACACACCGUUACACGUUCUCUCCUCAGAUGAAGUGUAAGAUGUUAUCGAGAGACCCGUCCGCUGUCAUCCCCGUUACCUUCUAUUUCAAGUCAGUCUGCGGGGAAGAUGACCCGAAAAACACGUGGCGCUUUUGA